AUGGAAAGUUCAUAAUGAUUGGGUAUCCCAGUUACGGUACUACGAUWCUUUGCGUGCUGUUAUCUCGUGCUCCAAUCAUCAGGAAACUGGACUUGUUAUUGGCCAAACAACUGGAAGCACGCACAUCGAAUCGCAAAUGAAUACGCAACCCAACAAAAAAAAUCCUGCAACCGGAGUUCGUGACAUGCAACCUCGAAGACGAUUGGAUGCUGACCAGACCGUAUUUCGAGUCUACAAAGGGGUAAAGACGUUCGACUUUUGUAAAGAGAAGAAUUUGAUUGUUACUGGAGGUAUGGACAGACUCGUAAGAAUGUGGAAUCCUUACGUGCCAAGCAAGCCGACUGGACUUCUUAGAGGACACACGGCUCCAAUUUUUCAUUUGUUUAUUUCUCCWGAAGAUGAUAGAAUAUUUAGCAUCUCUACUGACAAGACUAUAAAGGUUUGGGACCUUCACGAUCAAACUUGUCUUCUAACUGUAAGACCAAAGGCUCAUAAAAUACGAGGAGACUUAUCUGCAAUACACUACAAUCCAAUAUCAAGAGGACUGGCAGUAGCAACAUCAGAUCAAAUCGCUUUACUUCCGUUAAAAACAAGACCUACUUCACGCGAUGUAACCACUACACACAAGGAGCCCGUGAUAUGCGUCAAAUAUAACAAGAGCUUCAAGCAUGUUCUUACUGCAUCAGAAGGCUCGGUUUGCCGUGUGUGGGAUAUUGAAACUGGUAAUCACGUGUUUGAGUUCAAUCAGCUACAUGGGGAUAGUGCCAUAACUUGUAUGUCAUUCGAUUCCACUGAAAGAAGGUUGAUAACAGGUGGAAGAGAUGGUCGACUUCGAAUAUGGAAUUAUAACAACGGUCACUGUCUACGAACUCUAGAGAAAGAAAAUAAUAUCGAUGAGGUAACAGAUCUGGUUUAUAUCGUCAUGCAUAAAAACAGAUACAUCAUUUCUGUUGGAUGGGAUAGACGAAUAAAUGUAUUCUCGGAUGAUAUUGAUGACAUCCAUCAUAUACAGCACCCUUACAUCGACUGGUCGGACGACCUGCUUCAUGGUCACAAAGAAGAUAUUUUAUCCGUGGCAGUUUGUCCUCCCAAUUUAUUAGCAUCAUCAAGUUAUGAUGGAGAGAUCAUAAUCUGGAAUCGAAUCUCAGGACACAUAUUCUGCCAUAUCCAUUCACCUCAUCGUUGUACUGGAACUGAUGACAAUUUAUCUUCAUUGGAUGGAGGAAAUGCUAUCGAGAAAUUGGUAUUCUUAACCAAACGAGCGUCAUCCAAGGAAAGUAUGGCGAUCACAACAAGAGAGGCUGCAACACUAGUGGCCAGCGGUCCUCAAGGCUUUGUUCACUUCUGGAACGUUUACUCGGGAGGAGUCUUAUACGCUGCUUUUAAGCCGUCCAAGAAAGGUGUGUCAACUAUGGCAACAGACAGUGAGAAUAAACGAUUGGUUACUGCAGACUCYUCGGGUUUUAUGUAUGUUUACAAUCUGGAAGGYUACUGCGUCAAACGGAAGACCAAACAACCUCCUGAAAGAUUAUAUUAUUGGAGGGCUCACGUACAAUCUAUCACAAGUAUCGAGAUUGCAGAGGCAUACGGUGCUCUUCUGACGUCGUCAGUGGAUUGCACUGUACGAGCAUGGACUUGGGAGGGACAUUUUAUUGGUACAUUUGGACAACCCAAGCCUUGGGAUAUCUCUGAGCCUAUUUCAUAUCAACAUCCAAUGGCUCCAUAUGAUGUUCUUGUCGAUCCUGAAACACUCACCGCUGGACCUGAUAGCAUCUUGUUAACACAGGAGAGCAGCGAAGAUGAACAUGAAAAUAAGAAAGAGGAAGAAGAAAAGGAAACACCAAAGAUUAUAACCAGCCAAUUCAAUAARAAAUUAGUCAUUAAUGAUCACGAAAUUGCUUGUGAGCUAAGGAAAAGACCUUGGACGGCUGGAGUUGGGAAAAGGUUACGACACGAGCAGUUACGCCGUCCACCGAGGGAGGCGGGAGGACCAAGUCAUUAUCAGACCCUGACGUGCUUUGAUCUUGAAGACACACCAACCCUACCACCUCCGCCCGCUUCGUCUAUCGAUGACCCACUGGAUAUCAAAAUAUAGACCUCUCGAMGAAUAAGAAUUGUGUGGUGUGGCUAGAAAUCAAUCAAUGAAGYYGACCGCCGGCAAUUGUGAAACCAUCUUCCAUUUCGGUCGUGCUCUCCAAUAAUAAACUCUCCAUUCUAWCCKUCAACUUCCUCUUUACUAGUACUAUARCUGUAAUGUCCCGGUCGUGUGAAUUUGUACAGAGCGAAAUUUAUUUAACAAACUUAAAAAAUAUCUUGUAAAAUAUGUACAUAGAAUAAUUUGUUGAAGUGUAAAGGUUUUUUAUUGAUGUUUUUAUUAAAUGUUCUUUAAGAGUUUCCA